GGGAAUAAUGCUAUCAGUGACUUUGCACUACGGUCUCGCAUACAGUAAACGCGCGGAACGGCUGAAACGUCGCAAGCAUCAUGCUGAAGACAAUUUCUUUCCUCUGUGCCACCUUGGCGUGCGGUAACGCGGUCGUUCUCAGCGGCUACAACGGCGGCCAUGGCCUGUCCUACAGCGACUACAGCGAUCUCGAUGGAUAUCUGGGACCCGCCGAAUACAAGGUUCUGCCGACGGUCGCGGUUCCGGUGCAUGCGGUGUCCGCCGCACCGGUGCACGUCGACGCGUCCCUAGAUCACGGCCUGCACAAAGACGACACCGAUCACGACUACUACUCGCACCCCAGGUACACCUUCAAUUACGGCGUACACGACCCCAAUACCGGCGAUGUGAAAACGCAACACGAGGUGCGCGACGGCGACGUUGUUCACGGCUCGUAUAGUGUGAACGAGCCCGACGGAAGCGUGCGAAUCGUCGAAUACACGGCGGACGAUCACAACGGAUUCAACGCCGUGGUGAAAAAGGUUGGACCGGCGUUGCAUCCGAAGCCUGUUCCGGUCGUCAAAUACGUCUCGCCAGCGUACUACAACAAUUACGACUACGAGAAGCAUUAUUAACUCAAGCGUCGUGUAAAUAGAAUCGGGGGUCUCGCGCUAAAGGGCAUCGAUAGACGUUUCUAAUUACGUUUCUAAUCAACACCCUCAAUAUUUGCAUUGUAACUGCGAAUAUGACUGUCGAAACGAUUCUUUUAUCGAUAUACGGCAACUUUGUUUUUUUGAACGCUUGAUAAAGAUAAGAAAUAAAAUUUUUACCAUGUUUACCGAGAAACGUACAAACAGACAAUCUUGUCCCUCUCUUGUAUUGCGUCUCCCGAUGCUCCUUCCGAGACAUUCGAUUGUAUUUUGCUGUAGCGACAAUGCGAACGUCGUUUAUUUUCAGAUAACAGAAUAACACAGGGGUAGAGCUUGUAUCUAUUUAUUUGACGCUUCUCCAUCCAACGUGUGGAAUCGCACCAAAUCUCGCGUACUUCCUUGAGAAAAAGAAAAAAGAAAAAGAAGAAAAAUAUUGUUUACGACGGAAUUGAGAUGUAACCACUCACAUCAGAGCUAUCGAUUUAUAUUUGCAGCGGCGCGACUGUGUAACGAGCGACCGUAAGUUCUCGCAUGAGAGAACAUCUCUCGUGCGCUCAGUCAGUCUUAAAAGUACAACACUUGAAUUACCAUAGUGCGGCGAACAAUUUAGAAACAGAGUUAGGAGAAGAUGAGUAUGUAAAUAAUUUGGCGGCUCGUAGAAAGCGUUGUGCCGAUCCGACCUCUCUGAGAGGUCCGCGACAGUUCGGAACUCCAGGACGGAACUUGGUCGUCGCAGAGCGAUUAGAAUCAAAGCCAGAAGGGAGUAGACGUUUCGAAGUGAUAUCGAUCACGUAGUGAAUGAAAUCGUCAACUAGGAAAUGGCUCGUGUUAAAAAUAAGGAAAAUAGAUGUUAAGUCUUUUAUAUCUUUCGUACGUAAAUAAAAUUCGCGCAAUACUUGGUGUGGCGACGCUACUGCAUCGCUCGAGAUGAAUUGCGGCUUGGGAAUUUCACCUUCAACGGACGAACUUGUAAAGGGGAAGUCAAUAACAUUAGCGAUAAUUAAUAAUACAAUA